UCGGUUGGAGCUAUCAAUUAAAAUAAUUGAUUUAUCGCCGAACCGGAUCAUCCGGUGAUGGUGCGUGAUCCAUCAUGUUGGGUAAUCGGUUCCUAAAAGCUGCUGAACCCUUCUAACGCGAUCGAUCCAGACACUGAUCCCGGAUACCUGGACAGGCUUACGCUUGAUUGCGCUCUGAAAACAUGCUUCACGAUAUUCAGUUUCCCAGAAUAGUAGUUGGUGGUGGUGAUGUUUGUGCAAGGUAAAUUUGCGCACCAAAGCAACACCCAAUUUAUGGCUGGACUAUUGACUAGAUCAAAGGCACACACAGAGCAAGCGAUUCCAAAUGCUAGGAUUUCUACGCCGGUAGAAAGAUGAGAUCACACGCGCCAAACGCUCGCGCACACGUUGGGUGAUGUCUUCGUGUCCGACAUCUUUGUUACUAGAUUCUGUUUGUCAAGCGAAACAGACGGUAACGUAAAUAGCAUCGGUUGUUCGAAAUUUGUUAUACAUAAACCACCAACAAUCCCGACGAACCGUGCGAUAGAAAGAUCAAUAUUGUUCUCCAGCCGAGCAAACAGCAAACUGUCAAGAACAACAACAGCCUGCUUUUGACUAAUUAAAUUCCUCCAGUGUCCACAUGUCAACACCACUCCUUGUUCGGGCUGAUGAUACUGUGCCAAAAAUUGGAAAUUUACAUAUCUGCCCACUAAAGUAAAGCCUGUCUCACCCCACCGACUACGGCUGGUGAUAUCUUGUUUCGACGAUCGUCAACCUCGAAGAUGCCGGUUUGAGCGUCCUGGUCCUGGUUCUAGGUAACCUGUUUGGGCGCUCGGUACGCCCCGAAGCCUGCCAUCCAUCUCGCUGUCAAUGGUGGCGUCAAACGGUAGCUCGGCGACGAUCGUCAGGUUGCGUCUCUAUUACCAUGUCGUCAUCCGUCCAUCCAUCCGAUCCCAACCGGAUCAAGGCAUUACGGGCUAGCGUUCUGUGGCAGGUUGGUAAUUCUUACACCGGCUGCCUAUAAAUCUCGACGGGUACGGUGCCAAACCGGUACUACCUAUUUGGUCGUUGCCUUGCCUGAGGGACAUGUGGCACGAAAAUAACAACAAAGUCUCUUUCAAACGCAAAAAAAGACCAAACGUUUGGAAGAACAUUCAUAAUAAUAAAUGUGAUCUGACACGCUAACGAUCGAUCGAGAAAGACACAGCGAGUGUCAAUGCUGCUAAUGGGCUACAAAAGCAAACGGGUCGUGGUCGAUAAUCAUUUGCAUGCGACAAUCUUCUGCUGGAGCGUUGGGACAUCUCGCUUGUCGAGGGGUGCCAUCCAGGGUGCGCUCAUCGCCAUCUUGCGACCGUAUCGUGUCUAUCGAUUUAACGUUCCGAGGUGGUUAUUGCGGGUUAAAAGUUAAUGGGAGCGAGGCAGAUUUCUGGUAAACGGUUUAUUUGCUAUUAUUUGUCGUUAAUUAAACCCAUUAGCCGCCAUACAUACGAUUUUCGGGGAAUUCCUCGAUCCGUAGCGUUGCUGCAACGAAGGUACGGAAUGAACCGGAACUGGAUGCCAAAAACAUCUUUUGUCUUAUUUUUUGGCUGCAUAUCUGGAGAUUGUAAAAAUUCCACCAAUAUCAACCAACUCGUCCAUCCGAGAGCCACAGACCAGCGAUGGGACGGAAAGGGGCGGCAGAAGGAAUGGUGGCAUUAACGGCGUCUCGGCUAGCGCCAGCGGAACAUACGUAUGCAAAUUUGCUCGUAAAUCAACCAGCAGCAGAUUGCCGUUAAAUGAAUGUAAGAGAAAAAAAUAUACAAAGUUGAUGUUAUGGCUGAUGUGUGUGUGUGUGUUUGGCUGUCGGAGCAACAGAUCAGGUGGGAAUUAACUGCAUGUUUGGACAACGGCUCCAUUAGGAAGCGUUGUCAUCUCCGGCCGAGUGGCGAUGGCGAUGGUGUGGUGGUGGUGGUGGUGCUAAAGAAAGGCAUUGAUAUGUCCGGGACUCUGCGGAGUGAUCUGACCGAUUUGCCUGAGGGGCAAUAGCUGGCGCCUUCUCGCAAAAACCAGCAUUAAAACCACAUCCAACGAAGAGAGAAACCUUGCACCCCUGAGUGGAUAAACGUAAACAAUCGAUGGGACUGUUUGGUGAGUUUUGCAAAAAGAAAACAUCGAGACCGACAUCUCCGGGGAAUCCGGGUCGGGGGCGGGGCAUGUUCCGGGAUUUCCGAAUGUGUGCAAAUCAUGUCGGACCGGGCCGUGGAAGUGAGUGAACAAAUGUAAUACAGCCCGCUGCGUUCAUGUGCGUUCUGCUCAAUGUAGCUCGUUCUGGCGUUGCAAAAAGUGAGGUUAUUGGCAAGUGCUCCUUCCGCCCGUCUCGACAGUUCGACAUCGAUCUUGAACGGGAAGGGAGAUCUGAGGAGCAGUACAAAGCCUCCCUCUCUUGUUCUCUCUCUUUCCCCUCAGCGAAACGCAUUCCCUUCCUGUGCGAUCGAACAAGCGGAAUGAAUGCAACUCGCAACAAGCGAAUUGAUUCUUAUUAUUAUUGGCCCGCCGGCAAUUAAAAACAUUAUCCAGAGCUUGUAAAACAAACAAUCUGUGGUGUCGUUUCGUACGGUGCCAGGAGCAGGAGAUGGUUCGGUGGUGCUAAUCCUGCGUAAUGUCUUGGGCCUUCGUUUCGCGAAUGUCGUGGGCUACAAGCGCGCUUAACGGCCGAACACGGUGAAAGGUCUGACUGACUGAGAGAUUUCCAGCGUGUCGACGUACUUAACUGUUGGUUGGGCGUUGAGCGUUCCUUUUGCGCUUUUUUUCCCUCGUCUACUGCCAUUUAUAAUGAAUGAGGUGCCUACACAGAAAGGGCGUGUUCGAAGGCGUUCUUUGUUAGUUUAGAAGGCGCCAAAUGAUGCGGGGCAGGCACACAAAACCGAGUCUAUUAAUUACCAUAUUCAUGUGCAUGUUUAUAAAUGCAUUUGUGAAAGUAAUUAUUAGCUGUAAAAGAUAUUAACAGUAGGAUCCUGGUCAUGGCACCAAACGAUUCUUAUAAGCUGAUGCAUUAGUUAGGCUCAAUUGAAUCUCAUUUUCUUGAAAAGCAAUACGCAAACACUUUUCUGACAGAGGUAACAACUUUUAAUUGAGAUCGAAACGAAGAAACGACGUUGGCAAUUAGCACGUAACUGUCCAAAAACUUUCCUGAGCUCUUCUUCAGGUCGAACGCCAAAUUGUUAGACCUUCCACUAAGGAACCUGGCAAAGAACUGAGGUCUUGCCUUGCCGGCAUUGGUUCUAAGGUUGAUUUAUUCGGGCAUUUACUUGCUGAGCUUGCUGUCGUAAAGUUGUAACCAUUGUACAUUAUGUGUCUUCGCUAGUUUCCGGAACAUCCCCAUUCCAACUUCCGGACAAUUAAAUGAUAAUUUGAUUUGUUUUCUUUGAUUCCUCCCACUCACCUGUAUCCGAUUGGGGAAACCUGUACGAUGCUCUCUUCCAGUUUUACAACAACUAUUUACAACAGCGAAAAAAAACUCUCGCCCUUCUCCUUCCCCCACACGCGACGUUCCCCGGUGGGAAAAUGAAGCACAUGUUCCGGGUUAUUGACUUUCCACUAACUUUUCCCUAACCGACCAGAACACGACCACUUUAUUAGCGAAUCAGAAUGGCUGCACGGUUUGCCUGUCUCGUACCAACAAGUAAUGGAUGGAAAUGCGCAUACUAUUUACUGGUCCGUUACCAUGGCGAGAUUGAUUCGCUUUACCCAGUGUGAUGUGUGGUGUCUUCGAUUAAUAACCGCAGAGCGUCAUGGCAACGGAAAAACACACCGGCCAACGGAAGGCGCGGUUUCGGUUGUUUAUUCUGUGUGGCGUUGUUGUGUAAGGCUUUCCAUUUUUCACCGGUGCCAGUGGAAAGCGUCCAGCGUGCCUCAUUAAUCCGGCCUGCAUGUGGGUGGCCCGGGUGACGUGUAUGGACACGUGUGUAUGGAAGAAGGCGAACGGGGGUAGUUUCACCCCGCGAGUGUCAGUGUCAGUGAGCUUGCAUGAUUAGCGUGGUGCUUUUGUCUCGGUCGCCGAUGGUGGUCGCCUGUCAGAGGGACAGCAGAGAAAGCGGAACAGACGAACCAGUAUAUAACAUUUCCAGUGCCGUCCUAGAACAGAGGAAAAGCGUUGGACGGGUGUAGCACGGCUGUAUCUCCCCCGCCCUCCGAAGCAGGCACGGUGGAGACUUAACCUGGACCUCGAUAGGACAUCGAAUGCAAUCGCGAUUUAGUUCACUCCAAGCACAUCGCCGAGAUGACUCCCAAGAAGAAAAUGUCGAAGAAAGAACGUGCCCGGCUGGAAGCCGAACAGGCCGAACAUCACCGGAUGGAGCUGGAAAAGGAGCGCCAGCGCAAGGUGGAGGAGGAAAAGAUGCGUAAGGUGCGUGAGAAGGAGGAAGCGGAGCGCAAGCAGGUGCAGGAGAUAGUGGCGAACAAGCUGCGCAAGGUGCAGCUGGAGGAAAGCUACGCCUAUUUCGCCAGCAUUCGGGAUGAGGUGCGCAAAAUGUUGGCCGAAGCCAAGAAGGAGCGUGAGUGGGAACAGUACAUGCGUUGCAACGGACUACCGAACGCGUUCGAUCCAUCCGAUCUGCGGAAGUAUUUGCACAUUUGGUGUGAAAACAUACGGGACGCCAACGAAGCCGAACGCAACUGGUUACUGCAGACGAACGAGCAGAGCAUUUUGACGCAAAACGUGAACGUCGCGAACUUGUCCGUCGAAAGCCUCAAACUGCAGCAACCCCAGAUUGGCAACACCUACGCGUCUAAAGCGAUGGAGGUGUUGGGAAUUCUGGAGGAGAUCGAUGAGGCUCUGCAUGAUUCCGACGUACGACCAUCGAUGGCGCAGGAUCUGAACGAGCUGAAGGUGGAAUUUCGGAACGUUCUGGCUGAGUACAUCGAUGAGUUUGCGUACAAAAUACUGAGCAACAUCAACCGAGACAUGGAGUUGCACGGGCUGCUGGAAGUGUCGCACAAAUUCGAGUCGGAAGUGUUCAAGGCCCACCUGUUCGGAUUGCGCGACAUGCCAACACCACAAUUAAACCCUAAGGAACGCGCCAAAGAGGAUAGCAAACAUACGAGCAUCGAUUUUCCUAGUCUUGGGUUUCAUUUGACCCUGCCAGCGGCGGUGAAGUGUCACAAAGCCGCGAUCCGAGGACUCUGGAUAAGCUACGAUCACUGCAGUGACUAUUGUCCUAGCUAUGAUAUGCCUUAUCGUCCGGAGAUUCUAGCUGAUUUGCGUAUCAUAAGUCGCAUCGAGUGGAAGAAGCGGAAGGAAAUCCUAAAGGCAGUGUACGAGGAGCCCAAGGAAAAGAAGACCGACUCCGAUGAAGACGAUCAGACCCCGCAGGACAUCGAUGUGGACAAGAUCUACACGGAGCAUGCGGACGAGCUGAUGAAGAAGGAGCGCACCAAGAAAGGUGCCAAGACGCUUAAUUUGGGCGAGUACGAUGUGAACAUGCGUAGUCACCGGAUUGUGGCCGGCGUGUACGCCAUCGACUAUCUGGAGCAGCCGAUGCAGGAUGUUAAAAUAGCCAAAAAGACCCUUCUGCGAACAGUUCCUCAGCCGGGCAAGCUGAAGCGUAAAAAGUUCUACCAACCGUAUCGACCACCGCCCACACCGCAACCAGGCGUCCGCCGUCUGCCGGAAGAGAUCGAGGCGGAAAUCAAGCAGAUGGAGGAAAACCUCGACAAACUCGCACUGGUGUCGGUGCAGCUGCCCGAGAACGUGUUCUGGUUCGAGCCGCCGAUCGUGUGUCGCUGGGAGCUGAAGGAGGAAACGCUCGAGUCCGAUCCAGCCUUCGCCAAGUAUCUGGAUCGGCUCGAAAAAGCUCAGCAGGCGGCUAAGGAGCGCAACGACCGUUCGAAUCUCGAUCGUAGAACCAAGUACGUGGAAGACUUUAACAUUCUGGACGUCCCCCAGCACAUCCCACUGCGUGCGAUUGUGACGGAUUUCGUCAUACCGAAGCUGCCGGACAGUUGCAGCAUCAAGAUAUCGGUGGCAGAAGACAAACGUCGAGCUACGCCGUCCGCAGUUGGCAAACGAUCGUCGAAACAGAAGCGGCGUCUGCACAAGAUGCCCUCGAGCGUGUCGCUGAGCAGCAUCGUGUAUGAGACGAAGAUACCGGACUUUCUGUUUGCGACGCGGAUGCCGCUGCGCGUGCUGAAGGUGCUGGACAGACGCAAUCGCCAGUGCUAUCCAUACACGGCCACGUCCGAUAGUGACGAUUUGGACGAUUACGACGAGUCGGACAACGAUGUGGUGCAGAACCGCAAUCCCAAGCGCAAGGUGUACAUGUUUUCGAGCUUUAUGAAGGAUUUGGACGAGCUGCUGGAAUCGAAAUCGCCCAAACUGCAGGCCAAAAUCGAGCAGGAGCUGGCCACCGGUCAGUCGGGUGGACCGGGGAAGCAAUCGUUGCAGGUGGCCCGUUCGGAGGACACGCGACCGACACGAGGCGAGAAAGGCGAGAAGGGGAAGAAGCCAGCCAAGAGCAAGUUCGAUUCGGACGAUGAGGAGGUUGACUAUGGCAAUAUUCUGGAGGUGGGCAACUACAGCAUGGUGGAAAACGACAAACGGUACAUCGGCAAGUGGUCCACAAGAGAUGUCCACGACGUGAAGUUCAACGAGGACAAGCUUACGAUCCAGUUCCGCGUGGGUCGUCUAGGGUCAUUCGCGUUUGCUGCAAAUCGCUACAGCAACGUGCCGUAUCAAUCCUGGGAGCUGAAGCCGGACAUCAAGAACCCUGGCACGGUCACCUUCUCGCUGACCGCAUCGGUCGUGAGCACCGAAAUGUCCAUCACCGAGGCAGGAUUUCGGGUGAACUCGCUGCAGGGAGGACCCACGCAAGCAUUGCAGGAAAUUCUCGGUGUCACGAUGUCACUACGCAAGCUCAUCAAAACGCUACGACUGGCCGCCGUGGAUUUGUUCCCGGAGGAUGACGCAUUCAACUACACCGAGGGAACGUGCGAGAAGAACCCAAUCAUGGAGUCGCACCUGUACGAUUGCAUCGGGCUGCUGGCACUCACCCACAACUUCUCGUGGUCUCGCUGGAACCUCCUGUCCGGCUGUCGGAUGUGCGUCUUGCUGAUGCGUGAAAUAGUCGAACAUCGGCGAUUGCCGAACCACUCCACGCUGCUCGUCACACCGCUGAAGGCUAGCGUGAUCGAUACGGUGGAAGUGUCCCCAGUGUUCAACCCGAACCCGGUCGAAGGAAUGAAUCAGCAGCACUACGCCGAUCUGUAUCACCUGGGCCGCGAUCAGUCGCAACCGUCGUCGAGGAUCAAGCAGGAGAAGAUGAGCCCGAUACUGCGGGAGAAUGUGACCCAGCUGCUGAAGUCGGUGCGACCGCUCAGCUUCGCCUAGGCUACGAAUCGUCUGGAAGUGAUGUUUAUUUAAUAUUAAGAGCAAUAAAGCGAGGAUUUUGCCAUGUCUA